AAUUAAACACCAGGAAAGUGUGUCUGUGGUGGGUUUGGUUUGGGGAUAAGUUGAUGGGAGUUAGGUAAAGCAGUGUGUAAGUGUGUGUGUGAUGUGAUGUUACUGGGGUAAAGGGGGGGAGGACGAGGAGGAGGAGAUCUGCAGUGAAAGGCAGCAGAUAAGCUCGGGCUCAGGAGCGACUCGGCUCUCUCACUGCAGAAUUUAGAAGAAUAACACACACAUGGAUGUUUCAACGAGCUAUGUGACAAUGAACAGGAGGAAAAAAGCCUGAGAUCAGCAGGAGCAGCGCGCAGGAGUCGGAUUUGGCCUUUUAAUCCGGCGGAUCAUUAGCAGAUCGAGUAACAGAGCAGGAAUAGUGCGGUGUGUGUGUGUGUGUGUGUCAUGGGGAAGGAGGUGAACGGAGUGACACGGAGUCGCUUUGAGAUGUUCUCAAACAAUGACGAGGCCAUCAUCAACAAGAAGCUGCCUAAGGAGCUGUUGUUACGAAUUUUCUCCUUCCUGGACGUGGUCACCCUCUGUCGCUGUGCACAGGUGUCUCGGUCGUGGAACGUUCUGGCUCUGGAUGGCAGUAACUGGCAGCGCAUCGACCUCUUCGACUUCCAGAGGGACAUCGAGGGUUGUGUAGUAGAGAAUAUCUCUAAACGAUGUGGAGGAUUCCUGAGGAAGCUCAGUCUGCGAGGAUGUUUAGGUGUAGGAGACAGUGCACUCAGGACGUUUGCGCAAAACUGUAGAAACAUCGAGCUGCUCAGCUUGAACGGCUGCACAAAGAUCACAGACAGUACGUGUAACAGUCUGAGUAAAUUCUGUCCCAAACUGAAGCACUUGGAUCUUGCCUCAUGCACCUCCAUCACCAACCUGUCCCUCAAAGCACUCAGUGAGGGCUGUCCACUGUUGGAGCAGCUGAACAUCUCGUGGUGUGAUCAGGUGACCAAAGACGGCAUCCAGGCGCUGGUGCGCUGCUGUCCGGGCCUGAAGGGUCUGUUCCUCAAAGGCUGCACACAGCUCGAAGACGAGGCGCUGAAACACAUCGGUGCCCACUGUCCAGAAUUGGUCACUCUCAACCUCCAGACAUGCUCACAGAUCACAGAUGAAGGCUUGAUAACGAUUUGUCGAGGUUGUCAUCGGCUGCAGUCUCUCUGUGUAUCCGGCUGCGCAAACAUCACAGACGCUAUUCUUAAUGCCCUGGGACAGAACUGUCCUCGUCUCAGAAUAUUAGAAGUGGCUCGCUGUUCACAGCUCACAGAUGUCGGCUUCACCACACUCGCACGGAACUGUCAUGAGCUGGAGAAGAUGGACCUGGAGGAGUGUGUACAGAUCACAGACACCACGCUUAUCCAGCUGUCCAUACACUGCCCCCGGCUUCAGGUUCUUAGUCUGUCUCACUGUGAGCUGAUCACAGACGAUGGGAUUCGUCACCUGGGCAGCGGGCCGUGUGCUCACGACCGACUGGAGGUGAUCGAGCUUGAUAACUGCCCUCUCAUCACAGACGCCUCGCUAGAGCACCUCAAAACCUGCCACUCCCUCGACCGUAUUGAGCUCUAUGACUGCCAACAGAUCACGCGCGCCGGGAUUAAGAGGCUUAGAACUCACUUGCCCAACAUUAAGGUCCACGCCUACUUUGCACCUGUGACUCCACCCCCUUCGGUAGGAGGAAGUCGACAGAGGUUUUGCCGCUGCUGUAUUCUGCUAUGAUGUCACAGCUGUCGUGUCCUCAACAGUGGAUGACCUUUGAUCUUGAUUGUCCAGCAAUGCAUGCUGGUAAAUCACUUGGUAAAACAAACGAGGGGGAGAGAGACAUAGAGAGAGAGAGAGAGAGAGAGAGAGUCAAAGAGGUGUGU